UCGGCCAGCUAAAAAAAGAGAAAAAAUGGCAGAAAUUAGGUUAAAAAUCCUGUUAAUAUUGAUGUUAAUGGCGGUAAAUGUUUGUGGGCAAUGGAAAGCAAGUAGAAGCAGAGUUAUAGAAGUAAAAGGAGGGGAUGAUACAGUAGUUUGGGUGGUUCAACUCUCUGAUCUUCAUUUCAGUGUUCAUCAUCCUGAUAGAGCUCUUAAUUUCAGAAAUUUUGUGGGUCGUUUUCUUUCCAUUAUAAACCCUUCUCUUGUUCUCAUUACUGGUGAUCUUACAGAUGGGAAGAGCAAAGAUCUAUUAACAAUGAAACAAAAUGAGCAAGAGUGGAUGGAAUACCGGGAUGUGAUGGAAGAUGUGAUCAAGAAGAGUGGGUUGGAUAAGAGCAUAUUUUAUGAUCUUAGAGGCAAUCAUGAUAAUUAUGGUGUACCUUCUGUUGGUGGCACCUUUGAUUUUUUUUCAAAUUACAGUCUCAAUGCCCAAGCAGGAAGAAAUGGCCGUGUAAAUAGUGUCACACUUCAGACAGGAAUCAGAAAGCAUCUAUUUGUUGGGUUCGAUAGCACCAUGGCUGUUGGCCUCAGAGGCCCGACCAAUGUUUUUGGGCAUCCAACCGACCAACUAUUAGCCGAUUUGGAAUCUGAACUAUCGAAAUGGGAUUCUGAGCCAAACAACAAAAUGAUAAAGAUCUUAUUUGGGCAUUAUCCUCUCUCGUUCUCCACAGCCUCCGAAUCUGGAAGGACCUUGAAAGAUGUUUUUCUCAAACAUUCAGUCUAUGCUUACCUAUGUGGACAUCUGCACGCAAAGUCAUGGCGAAAUCUAAAACGACACCAUCGAUCAGGCAAUGAUCUUCUUCAGCUAAAUAUGCAACAAACAUCGUCUAAAAAUAUGUCGUAUGGUUCAUCCCGAAUCCAGGAAUUCUGGGAGUGGGAAAUGGGUGACUGGAUGAAGAACAGAUUUAUGCGGGUUUUGGCUAUUGAUAGAGGUCAUGCUUCUUUUGUUGAUAUUAAUUUGAAUUCGGGUUUUCAGAAAACUAUUAUCUUGCUGACUUUUCCACUGGACUCGCGGUUCAUACCAUCACCUCCACUCAAUGAAUACGAGAAUCAAUCAAUAAGAGCGUUAGUCUUUUCGACAUCUUUAAUCAUCUCAGUCGUGGCUCGAGUAUAUGACUCGCACCUAGAAAAACUUCUAGUUUUGGAGCAACCAAUGAUAAUGAUCAAGGAUGAUUCCUCAAGAGGAGCUCUAUAUGCUACACCUUGUACUUUCGAAACAUUUGUAAACCCAUCUCCAGACAGAUAUUGGAUGCAGAUCGAAGCAAUCGAUGUGGAAGGCGGAUCAACCUUUACCGAGUUGAGACCAUUUUCAGUAAACGGUCUUUCAAAAUCUCCGUCUUGGACAUGGAAAGAGUUUAUGGUCAUGGGUUGCCAAUGGCCUGAUUUAUACAUCCCAAUACUCUUCUCUAUUCUCGGGUUUUUCCUCUUUAUUCUUCUCCUACCCGCAACCUUACAAAUAUGUACCCACAAACAGUACACAUUGCAAAAUUUCUGCACAGAUAAAACUGUGACAAAUGGUGUCGGAUGGGUCUUGAUCGAGCUAUACAAGCUGCGUUCCAUUUGGCUUGGUUUUCUAGCAUACUUGUUGUACCUUGUUCUAUUCCCUUGGUUUUCGGGACAGAUUUUUACUGCUGGUAGUGAAAGGGGUUAUAUGACUUACAAAGGAUGGGUUGUUAAACUUCAUGAGACAAGCGAAAAAUCGGAGUUUUUUGGAUAUCCUGAUAUAAUGUUGUUAGUCAUUCCUCAUCUGGUAUAUGUAGUUUCCCCUUCUAUCUUGGUGGCUAUAGGAUUAGCUGCAGAAUAUGACAAGUAUAGAGUACAAUUUUUAACAUUUUCAAGGAAAAAGGAGGAUGAUCUUCAUGAGACUCUUGAUUGUAAACAGAAUAACAGUCAAGCUCAUAGAUGUUUCAAGUUUCUUAUACUUUCUAGAUGGAUCAGGAAAUUUCUUUUGGUAGUUUGUCUCAUGAUCUUCUACAAGCAUUUUAAGAAUUGCAGAAUGGUGGUGAAAGCUUAUGAAAUGAAUCCAUUGUUACAUUUCCCAGUUUAUACUUUUGCAAUUCCUCUGCUGCUCACAUUUUCUGUCUGCAAAACCUGUAGAUGCUAACAGUAUCAGGGUCAGCAAGCCAUUCAGUAUUACCAAAAAAAAUAGGCUGUCAUGAAGUUCAACAUUAUAUGAUGUCGUUAAAGUAUAUAUAUAUAUAACAGACUUAAAUAAAAGCUUAAACUGAUGGUUAAAGCUCCACCUCUAUGAUAUGUUAGGUUGAUUCUUAGAAUACAUGUGUAUAUUUUAUGUAAAGGGUUGUUUGGUUAAUGAUUUUUUAUUUGACUUUUAGCUUGUUAGUUGAUCACAAAGUCAAAAGAUGUUUGGUAUAUGUAUAUGACUUUUAAGUAAAAAUGAAAAAGCUAACUAUAUUGGCUUUUUUCAUUGACUUUUGGCUUGUUAGUCUAUAUUUUUCUUAAUAAAUAGUCAACUGUUAAUAUUUUACCAAAUA